GGGACUUGAAAAAGAAAAGAAAGCAAAUGAGAAAAGGACAGGGUGGAAGACAAUGAUUCAAGAACCUCUUGAUACUCGACGGUGAAGAAAGUGUGUGAAGAGAGAGGAGGCGCACCGAAAGGAGCUUCACUCCAUGCUCUCAUCUUCAGUUUCUUAGUCGAUUGGCCUGAGGUCCCCCAUCACUGGGGUCGUCAUUGGAACUGCAUCUCACGAUGGUGUGCAGUGCUCCAAACAGGCUCUGUUCAGAAUGGCUCCACAGAGCAGGGAUUGUAUUAACCUGAGGAGGACCACUCUCACACAGGGGUCUUAAGCAACACAAGGACAUGAGGCUCAGCUGAUGAGGACAUUCUCUAUGCAGUGACAGAUGUGUGGCCCCUCCUCUCCCCAGCAUCAGCUGCAGCUCUGCUUGCUUCCACGGACUUCAGAGCAGCCAUAACUCGUCACGCCCUCGUCCUACAGGUUCCUUUCGGAGGAGAGAGGGAGGCACGGACCGUGCCAAUGCGCAUUCCUGAGCUCCUGAAAGGAGGAGCCGAGGGAAUUGGAGGGAACACUGGAUUGAUGAGGGUGCUGGAGAAUAGAGUGUGAGCUGCUUUCUUUGUCUCCACCUGAGAACUGGACUCCUUAAUUAGUUUGUUCUCUCAGACUCUUGAACUGAACUUAUUCUGGAGGACUUUUUUUUUGUAUCGGUCUAAAGAAUUUCAUAUCUUUUAUAAAAUAUCUUGAAUCUAUUUCUUUUUCAAACCAUAGCUCCCUAAAUCAAAUGUGAAAGGUGCUUUGGGCAUGAGGAAGGAUUCAUUGAGGAACUCAAGAGCAAUAACACAGAGGGUAGAGAGAGGUGGCAAAGGAAAGCAGGAAGAAUGUUGAAGUAUUUAUGUGUGUGUAUAGGAGGCAGAAAAGGCCUGUGCAGCAAUGGGUGAGAGUUUGUGCCAAGGACUGAGAAGAAGAGGCAGCUAAAAAUUGGUGGACAACUGAGGCAACAAUGUGUGUGCGGGAGAGUGUGUUUGUGUGUGCAUAUGUGUGAGAGAGUGUGUUUAUGUGUGAUUGUCUCUUGGAGAGCAUAAUUUGAAGAAUUGGCCAUUAUUGCUGUUUCCUCAUAUUUUUGUGUUGGAGCCGGCAGGGUCAACUUCUCUUUUUUGUCACCGUAUUUUUGGCUUUGGUGGUCAUUGGUGGUGUUUUUCCCCCCUCUGAGUACUUAAACUCAUAAAAACGACUUUUGUCCCAUCAUAAUGGAUUACUACAAGAAUCACAGCUUGUGAAGGGCACCUCAGAUGGAUCUUUUUUAUCUUGAAUACCUACUCUAAACUCUCCACACCAGUCCAUUUCUGUGACUCUCAACCUGUUAUUCUGGAAGACGUUUGCAAUUCCCUGGAGGACCGCAUUCACUUGUUACAACGGCAAUCUAUGGCACCCUCUUCCUGACAAGGUCCGCUUCAUUCUGGGUUGCUAUAGGCAGCAGAAGGCAUCUCCAUGAGGAGCGGUAGAAGAUGCCGGAACUGCCAGCGCUCCUGCUGUCAAUUUACUUCCAAUUCCUGUUAGUUACUAUGUUUACAAUGCCGCCUUCUUCCCUGAGCCAGUUACCAGCUCUGUCAUCCGUUCGGAUGGCGGCAAUUCUGGAUGACAGCUCUGUCUGUGGGCGUGGGGAGCGUUUAGCUUUAGCAUUAGCACGUGAGAACAUUAACAGUGUAAUGGAGAGCCCAUCUCGUGCUCGCGUGGAUGUUGACAUCUUUGAACUCCAGAAAGACUCGCAGUAUGAGACUGCAGAUACAAUGUGCCAGAUUCUGCCAAAGGGUGUGGUCUCUGUGAUCGGCCCCACCUCCAGUCCCGCUUCUGGUUCCAUAGUCAGUCACAUAUGUGGGGAAAAGGAGAUCCCACAUGUUAAAAUUGGUCCAGAGGAGACUCCACGGCUUCCUUACCUGCGCUUUGCGUCUGUGACUAUGUAUCCUAGCAACGAAGAUCUGAGCCUGGCCAUUGGAGCCAUCCUAUGCUCUUUCAGCUACCCAUCAGCUAGUCUGGUCUGCGCUAAGGCCGAAUGUCUGCUGAGGCUGGAAGAGCUGAUAAGGAGUUUUCUGAUCUCUCGCGAGACGCUGUCCAUCAGGAUGCUGGACGAUAACCUUGACCCCACUCCAUUACUGAAGGAGAUUCGUGACGACAAAAUAGCUACAAUAAUUAUUGAUGCUAAUGCAUCUAUAUCUUACCUUAUACUGAAAAAGGCGUCAGAGUUGGGAAUGACAUCAGCAUUUUACAAGUACAUUCUCACCACUAUGGACUUCCCAUUGCUGUGGUUGGAUGAUAUAGUGGAUGAUCAGUCCAAUAUUGUGGGUUUCUCGAUGUUCAACACCUCCCACCCAUUUUACCUGGAGUUUAUCAGGAGCCUUAACCUAUCCUGGAGAGAGGGCUGUGACAUUAACCCAUACCCUGGACCAGCGCUGUCAUCAGCACUGCUGUUUGAUGCGGUUCAUGUGGUGGUGAGUGCAGUGCAGGAACUGAACCGCAGUCAGGAGAUUGGCGUCAAACCUCUCAGCUGCACCUCUCCUCAAAUCUGGCAGCACGGAACCAGUCUCAUGAACUAUCUGCGAAUGGUGGAGUAUGAUGGAUUGACAGGUCGAGUUGAGUUUAACAGCAAAGGUCAGAGGACCAAUUACACUCUCCACAUCCUGGAGAAGCACAGGGGAGGCCACAAAGAGAUUGGGAUCUGGUACUCGAAUAACACUCUGCUGAUGAACUCCACCAUUCUGGACAUCAACAUCUCUGAAAAUCUGGCCAACAAGAGCCUCAUCGUCACCACCAUACUGGAAAACCCAUAUGUGAUGAGAAAAGUGAAUUAUCAGGAGUUUGAGGGGAACGAGCAGUAUGAGGGGUUUUGUGUAGACAUGUUGAGAGAGCUAGCUGAUAUCCUCAAGUUCACCUUCCACAUUAAACUGGUGGACGAUGGACUGUACGGGGCACCUGAACCCAAUGGCUCGUGGACGGGCAUGGUGGGAGAGCUGAUCAACAGAAAAGCUGAUUUAGCGGUAGCUGCUUUUACCAUCACGUCUGAGAGAGAGAAGGUCAUUGACUUCUCAAAACCCUUUAUGACCUUGGGCAUCAGUAUUCUCUACAGAGUCCAUAUAGGCAGGAAGCCAGGAUAUUUCUCCUUCCUGGAUCCCUUCUCACCGGCUGUUUGGCUCUUCAUGCUGCUGGCUUACCUUGCUGUCAGCUGUGUGCUUUUCCUUUCUGCUAGGUUGAGUCCGUAUGAAUGGUAUAACCCUCACCCAUGUCUGCGCGGGCACAAAGACCUGCUGGAGAACCAGUAUACUCUUGGAAACAGCCUGUGGUUUCCUGUAGGGGGCUUCAUGCAGCAGGGAUCUGAGAUCAUGCCCCGAGCCCUCUCCACACGCUGUGUUAGUGGGGUCUGGUGGGCAUUCACUCUCAUAAUAAUCUCCUCAUACACAGCCAAUCUGGCUGCGUUUCUGACCGUGCAGAGAAUGGAAGCGCCAAUCGAAUCACCUGAUGACCUGGCUGAUCAAACCAACAUCCAGUAUGGCACCAUUCAUGGAGGAAGCACCAUGACCUUUUUUAUGAACUCUCGUUAUCAAACGUAUCAGCGGAUGUGGAACUACAUGUACUCUAAGCAGCCCAGUGUAUUUGUGAAGAGCACAGAGGAAGGCAUUGCAAGAGUCUUAAACUCCAAGUAUGCCUUUCUCCUGGAGAGCACCAUGAAUGAGUACCACCGCAGUCUCAACUGCAACCUCACCCAGAUCGGAGGCUUGCUGGACACCAAGGGUUAUGGCAUCGGCAUGCCACUGGGUUCCCCAUUCAGAGAUGAGAUUAGUCUGUCAGUGUUGCAGUUGCAGGAAAAUAACAGGUUGGAGAUCCUGAAGAGAAGGUGGUGGGAGGGUGGGCAGUGUCCCAAAGAGGAGGAUCACCGUGCCAAAGGUCUUGGGAUGGAGAACAUUGGCGGUAUAUUUGUGGUUUUAAUCUGUGGGCUGAUUAUUGCUGUGUUUGUGGCUGUUAUGGAGUUUGUGUGGUCCACACGCCAAUCAGCUGAAACAGACGAGGUACGGCCUCUCUCCUGCGACCGCCCAUAUCACAGUCAAAAUACAAUGUCGGUGUGUCAGGAGAUGUUGACGGAGUUCCGGAACGCUGUCUCUUGCAAGAAGAGUUCUCGUCUGCGCCGCCGUCGACCCCUUUCCAGCUCUUUGUCCCUUCGUCACCCCACCCGCAUUACUCUAGGGGCCCCGCGUCCUCUGCGCCUUGUCAGAGAGAUGCGCCUUAGCAAUGGAAAGCUCUACAGUGGUACUGGACCCCUAACAGGAGGUUCAGGGGCUGGAGGAGCCCUCCCUGACAUGGGCCCAGGGCCUCAACGACUCUUGGAAGACCCGAUAAGUGCCAACAGCACCCCUGCAUCAGCCCUGGGUCCACCUGCAGUGACAGUGCCUCUGCCACGGGGCUGCACCCAUGUGCGCAUCUGCCAGGAGUGCCGGCGUAUCCAGAGUCUCCGCACAACGACCUGCACACGCAUCCCACCCUCCUCAGCCCCUUUGCCUCGCCUGGCCCUGCCCCCUCCACAAUCAUCAUCAAAUACAGACAGCGAAGGUGGUGGGGGGCACAGCCCUUGCCGGAUAGGCCACUCCCCACCAGCAAAAGGCUGCACUUUAGUGCCACCUCAGUCUAGCAUCAAAACAGACUUAAUGGGAGAGCAGAAAUGAGACAUAGAGAAUAAAAGGGGAAGAGAGAUUGAAAGAGAGAGGGAUGAAGGAUGAAGCAAAGUGGGGAGAGUAAAAGUGACAUGGUUUUGUAAUGUUUGCCCUUAUUCAUAAUCAUGUAUUUGAAUCUUUUCCUUUUUCCUCUUUUUCUUUUGGAUAGCCAUGUGUCAUAUUAAGAUUUUACUUUGUACUAUUGAACUAUAGUGCUAAACUACCCUACAAAGCCAAUGUAAAGUUAUUUAGUUUUUGAAUUUAAUAUUUCAAUUUUUACAAUUAGGUUUUUUUCUUACUGAAUCUUAGCAAAGUUGGGACAAACCCAUCUGUAACAGACAGAUCAUAGUCCAAGAGAUUUCGGUCAUAGAUCAGAAUGUGUAUUUAUUGUGUUAUGUCUCUAUAACACUCCUUGAAAAAAAAGAAAUAACCUUAAAAAUGCAAUGGUAAAGGUCUAAGAGAAAACUGUCUGCUUUUGUCAACCCACAACUAAAGAUUUAGCAAUGCUACCACUGUGAAACUCAACAGAUUGCACAGGGAUGCUAAACUUCCCCCUGAUUCUAGUCUUCAGGCAGCACAAAGACACACACACACUCGCUCUCUCUCUCUCUCUCUCUCUCUCUCUCUCUCUCUCCUAUUGGCUGCAUUCUGUCUGUGUUCAGAGCCAAAUGGUGGCACAGAUUCUCCUUCCUCUCUCAGACUGAACUCUCUCUAUAGUCAAACACAGGAAGUAGCACAGAGACGCUCUCUUUUGGAUGUCAUUCUCUUUAAUGAUACCAGAAAGAUCAGAGCCAGACAGCAACAGAACGUGAGCACACUUUAAUGGAGGACAGUAAAGCAUUGUGAAAUACACAAACUUGUUAAUUAAAAAGAUAUUCUAAACAGAUAUUCUUACUUUUCUGUACUAUACACAUUUUUUAAUUCACUGUCUGUGUAAUUUAAUUAUGGGAUUGUGUUGACUGAUUUGGAAAUUAAAAAUAGAGCUACUUUAUUGAUACUGAGGAGAUUAACUCUGACUAAAAUGUAUGUUAAUGGUAAUGAGGAGCUGUUCAUUCAUUAAAACUUGAAUUCUGGAUCUGUCUAAAUCAAACUGCAUUUCAUAGAACUUCAUGUAAGCAGCACUGUACACCACACAUAAAUCGACAUACACAGAAAUAUAUAUAUUUAAGUAAUAUCACAUGAGCAAGAGUGCAAUAUGUGAUGUAUAUGUGAGAUGUGAUUCGGCCGUAGGUAAUUACAGCAAUGCUGAUGUAGAGCCAUAUAGCACGAUUGCGAGUGUGAUAUUGCUUAUCUACAACAGUUCAAUGAACAAGUAAAUAAAAACUAAAAUUGAAAAACCGAGUAAGGUCAUAAAAACGCAUUUGUGCAUGGAACUACUUUCUUACGCGAUGAAUCAGAAUCUAUCGUUGCUGGUUCAAAACAAAUGAUGCAUCCAAACCUCUGUUAGUAAUUCAAAAAGUUCACUUCAGAAAUAGUAUCACGGCUUGUGUUGUUUCUAACAAGUUAUUGGAUAUACAAGGAUGGAUUGAUGGGUGUUUGUGUCUAGGUGUCUUUGUCUGUAUGUGUGUGUGUGUGUGUGUGUUAGAGAGAGAGAGAGAGAGAGUGUGAGAGAGAGGGAGAGACGGGGCGUAUGUGAUAAUCUGUUGUCACUCCCAAGCAGAUAUGCUGUCAGCGUUCUGAAGGUAAGCUUUCUCGGCGGAAAAAUACUGUCCAAGCGGGGAUAUUUCUCCCUAUUUCUUGGUAGCUGCGCAAGAGUCGAUCACUAUACACACAGCGAUGUCCUCUGCCAAUUUUAAACAGUGUGUAUCCAAUUUGGAAACUCGGUAAGUGCCUCAAGUUCUUUAAUCAAACAGUCCGUUGUGUCUCUCAGCUGCAAUGAGCCUUAAUCCUGAAAUUGUUCAUUUAAAGCCAUUUAAAACAAUGUCCUAGCUUCAUGUAAGCAGCACUGUACACCACCUAGAUACCAGCGAUCAUGGAGCACUUUUCUAUGUAAACAAUGACUAACGGAUUCACUUUACAUCACCAACUGGCUCAUAUUACACACCAAAAUUAUCUUUUGCACCACCUGCUGGCUAUCAUAUGUAAUUUCAAAAAUAAAGACAGUAACUCCUAACAGAUAUAUACUGCUCUUACACCUUAGUUUAGAAUGGCACGAACACAAGCGGAGUGAUACACACAGUGAAGCGUACGAGUGCUGAUCCUGUCAGACCAUCAGUGCUCAUGGAACAUCUCUCGUCCAAUCAGAUUU